UCCGUGCUCGGAGCUCGGAGAGUAAUGGCCGCGCUGUGUCGUGUCCGUUUAGGUCGUUUCUCUAUCGUAUAAAUAAAAAGUUAGUUAUUAAACCGAGGUGCCAAUAGAUGUUGAUAUCGAGUGUGAUGUAAUUAAAUGUAAGAGCCACGAGGCCAUGACGGAAAGUAAUUUGCUUUCGCUCUUCCCGCUGUAGAAUUAAAGGAAGCUUCAACCACUUUCGAAUCAUGCUGGAUAUCAUGCGGCGUCGUUAGGACAAAGUUAGAUAAAAUAUCCGUAGCUGUACGUCAAAUUAAAAAUAUAUAUUUUUUGUCCAAAAAAAACAAUAAAAAUGGCGCCAGUACCUCUAGAGGGUCAUCAGACUCCUGUCACAAAUAACAUACCGCAGGAGGGCAAUCGUGGUGGAUCUAUCUCCUUGGGCAUGCUCAUAGAUUUUAUUAUACAGCGAACGUAUCACGAGCUCACUGUUCUUGCCGAACUGCUACCUCGUAAAACGGACAUGGAACGCAAGAUUGAAAUUUAUAAUUUCUCCGCUCGAACGAGGCAACUGUACGUCCGUUUGUUGGCACUGGUAAAAUGGGCGAAUAGCGCGUCUAAAGUGGAUAAAUCUACACACAUAAUGGCGUUUUUGGAUAAGCAGUCAUUGCUCUUUGUUGAUACCGCGGAUAUGCUGGCGAGGAUGGCUCGUGAGACUUUGGUGCAUGCUAGACUUCCAAACUUUCACAUUCCUGCAGCCGUGGAAGUACUUACCACCGGGACAUACGGCAGAUUGCCAGCUUGCAUUCGAGAGAGAAUAGUGCCUCCGGAUCCCAUCACUCCUUUAGAAAAGAGAAGUACAUUGCAGAGAUUGAAUCAAGUCAUUCAACAUAGAUUAGUCACUGGAAACCUGCUGCCGCAGAUGCGUAAUUUGAAGAUCGAGACUGGAAGGGUGACGUUUCUUGUCGAGCAAGAGUUUUCGGUAUCUCUUACGGUUAUGGGUGAUGGACCGGCAGUUCCAUGGAGACUGUUAGAAUUGGAAAUUUUGGUUUCGGACAGGGAGACCGGAGAUGGAAAAGCAUUGGUGCAUCCUCUGCAAACCCGAUAUGUACACCAGGUUAUUCAAUCGCGAUUGGCUGAAAGUACUAAUCCACUAUCGGAGGUGUAUCAUAUUCUGCAUUAUUUCUGUCAAUCGUUACAAUUGGAAGUUUUGUAUUCUCAAACGUUAAGACUGAUUCGGGACAGAUUGGACGAUCAUAUCCAUGUAGACGAAUAUACGCCUGGCAAAUGUCUUUCCAUUUCUUAUUGGAGGGAAUUAACGAGUAAAGAUCCGCGAUCAGAGCUUGGAUAUAGAUUGAUCGUUCAAGUAGAUCAACACGAUCCCGCGAGGCCCCUCGCAGUUGUGCAUAUUCCGUCGCUGGGCAGUAAGGAAAGCGAGAUAGCACAUAGAGCCAUCAGAUCAGAUCAAUUGUCGAUGGAAUGCUUACUCGUGCACACCAUCUACAUCCGCACGCGAAGUCGUUUAUCCGAAUUGAAGCAAGAGCUGCAAACGAUGCUGAAAGACGUUGAAUGUAUCUUGUCGGGAUCGCCAGCUAUUCUGUCAGUACCCAUAUUGCAACCGUGCUUACGUGCGGAGCUCCUGCUGGUUACAGUCGACACUCACACCGGUAUGCUACAGUGCCACGUACCUCAGUAUGACGCACCACUUGUUCCGGAAUUAACGACUGCCUUGAAUGGGGAUCAUUCGCGUCUUCCGACACUUAUAUCUGAACUGAGAUUUUGGAUAACGCAGAGACGUUGCGAGAAAACGUUGCAGCAUCUUCCGGCUACCUCGCACGAGCGUUUGCCCGUUUUGCAUCAUCCAGAUCAUCCUAUGUCUAAGAUCAGUCGACAUCGGAUGUUCGUACAGUUGCACCGACAUCCUGCAGUCAUAUUGAUUGUCGCAUUCAAAGAGAAAGAAAGUUCGCCAUGUGAAAUAGAGUGUUCCUUUUACCUCGCAGUAGUGAAGCACAGCUCCAUUGAAGACGAUCCACACGAUGAUAGCAUAGAAACGGAGAUACCGAAAAUGUAUCUGAAGGUCCAGAGCCUUAUUGAAUUUGACACAUUCGUGAUUACGCACGGUCCAUUUACGAGUGUCGACAGUGGGAAUAAUGAUCAAGAUGGGGGGUGCAUUACAGAAGUGGUGGAGACGACCAACAACAAACGUAGAAGCACCGGGGUCGGAGGGAGGACAGACACGGCAGGCACGCCACAGAAUAGACGACCAAAGCAUCCGGCUUACUUUAUUCCGGAAUUGGCGCACGUUGUCGCUUUGUGCGACGAGCGAAUACCAUUCGUAACUCUGGCACAAGAACUCACUAGACGAGAGAUAGCCCAUCAGGGACUCCAGGUUGAGGCGAAUGCCACGGCAUUGGUGCUUAAACUCGUUCAAUUGCCUGCGCCAUUGCCGAACAUUGCCACGAGCAGUGCUUGGCACGCUCUUCUCAAAAGGCUCCUGAGUGUCUCGAUUAGAGUUCAGGGGAAGGGCAUGGCUAAAACCUGGACGGUGGAAUUUGUAUUUUAUGGUAGUCCUCUCUCCAGCAGUCAUCCCAAAGAGCAAGGCUUGCGAAGACCAGUCUAUUUUCAAUAUGAAAUGGGUACAGCCGACACAGUCUCCCGCACUGUAGACGCGUUACUGAAUGACUGGGCACAGAUAGUACAUUUGUAUUCGAUCGUUCACGAUUUAGCUGAAUAUUUCAAAAUGGAGAAAUACAACUUACGCAACAUGGUUAGCAUUAAGUCUUAUAGCUAUAGCAAGCUGGCUCUUGCGUACGGUCCAAAUCAAGGUGCAACUGUCACUAUACAGUGGAGUACAAAUGACAAGGCGUUCAAGAUGGUAUUUGGCAGAAGUCCAACGAACAUGGUGACCAAUGCGCAUUCCAUAAUGAAGGAACAGCUAGAAGCUCAUUUGAACAGACACACGAAUUUGGCACAAAUUAUUCAUAUACUUAACGAAACGCUUCAGCCGCUCACGUCGAUCAGUAAAUUACCGUCGAUCCCUCAGUUAUGCGUGCAUGCGGUAAGUGCACGCGCGUACCUACUUUUUUUCGGUGCAGAUUCACACCUAAAUUCCUCUCUACAGAGACCACGGGUGCCGGUGCAAACGUUUACCAUAAUGCCGCAAUGUGUCACUUUAGUAAGGAUAGCGUAUCAAGGAAUGUAUUGUUUGGAAUUGCGUUUGCGCGGCGGGGGUCUGGUGAGCUUACGCGACGGUGCUUACAGCCGCUUCGACAGAAGUAACGUCGUCGACGAGUUCACGCCUACGCAGGGCCUGAAGGCAUUCCUGUCGAAAUACGUCGACGAGAACGCGGUAUUUAGGAGGAGAUCUCAAUCUGAAGACGAUAAUCCACCGUCGCCUGUCACUAUGGACAGCGACGGUGCCACGGGCAACGUCGGCUUCUUAGGCCAUCACAGAAGCGGGCCCCAGUCGCCCGCCCAGCAACGCGAGGGUCUGAGAUUUCAUCCACCGCUCACGCCACCGUCCGGUAGUAAUCCUCACACACCGGCCAGUCCUCAUACUGCAAAUAUAACUCAGGCAAAUCAACAUCAAAGUUUCAGUCCUGCAACUUCGUUUAAUUUAGCAUCUCCGCCGUCGUCGUUACCGCCAAAUACACCAAAUAUGCUACCGCAUCCGUCUCCCGGAUCGGGACUCGUUGCGAAUAGUCCUUUAAAUCCGAUGCACGUUCCCAGUCCGGCUGGUCUCAUGCCGACGUCGUCGCCUGGGCCUUGCAGUAACGUACAAGUCGGGCAUUCUCCUGCUGGUUCAUUCAUGCAAACAGGUCAUAUCGACGGAAGUCCUUUUCCGGCUUCUCAAAGUAUGGCGUCUCCGGCUGCUUCCAACUGGCCUGGAUCUCCGAGUGUACCGAGACCUUCCCCCGCGAGACCUGGACAAAGCCCGGGACACGCGGCGCUGCACAGUCCACAAGCCUCCGACCACAAGACCGGCAGUCAUAUCUCCAGGGUGUUACCACAGAGGUCCUGGGCGGGCGCCGUGCCGACGCUUCUCACGCACGAAGCCCUGGAGCUGCUUUGUUGCCCGUCGAGCCAUCCGUCCAACUUACCGGGUCCGGAGAUGUCGCCGCUCGAAAGGUUCCUCGGUUGCGUCUACAUGCGAAGGCAGUUGCAACGCUUUAUCCAGACGGACGAUUGCUUAACUGGUAUCAAUGCGGAGCCCGGUGUGGUACAUUUCAAAGCCGAGAGCUUGCAAUGCAGAGUCGGACUAAAUCCGCAACACUUCCAAUCUCUUCACAUCAAGGUGCUUUCGCUCCCCGAAUACAAAGAUCAAUGGAGCGUGGAAGAGUUACAGAUUAUCGAGAAGUUCUUCGACACGCGGGUAGCCGCCCCGCCCUACAAACACAACACGCUGUCCGGUUUCGGGAGGAUGCUUAACGUACGUUUCAAAGUAUUGAAGGACUUCGUGCAGAUAAUGAAGCUGGACCUGAUUCCCAGUCUUGCGCAACAGCAGCAGUUGAAGUGGUCUGUGCAAUUGUGCUUACGUAUCCCGCCUUCCGCCGGGCCAAUCGUGCCACCUGGCACAGAAGGCGUGCACGUUUGCAGGAGUAAAAUUCUAUUUUUCUUGCAAAUAACGAGGAAUUUAGGUAUAUCGUAUCAAGGAGAUAUUCCGCCGUCCUUAGUGUUGCCGUUCGUGUACGACGUCACUACGAAUUUAACGCAACUGGCGGAGAGAAGGGAUCUCAGUCCACCUCCGCCGGCGAUUACAGCGGCAUCCAUGCAACUGAAGAGAUUCGCCGAGUACGGUGCGAAUCAGUCUGAAUGCUCGCUUUUCCCUGCUGUACGGGAUCUUCUAGCCAAUUUCACAUUACCGUCGGAACCGCCGGUUAUACCACAGGUCGUGCCGUCCCCCGCGGGAAAUCAAGUAGCUUCCGCGCAGCAGAUUCAGAACACGGCGAUGCAGAUGCACUCGCCGAUGACUGGCGGUCAAGGCCCGCCACAGGGACCAUACGGAAUCCAAGGCAUGCAACCGAUGGGUAUGAUGGGCGGCCCGCCUCAAUAGGACUUGCUUUACUCUCCUAAUCCCCUGUGUUUACCGAAUCAUCCUACAUGGAUGAACUAAAAAUGUAAACUUCGACUCGAAGAAUUCGCGGGACGGAUCUGCCUGCGCUAUUCUAACGUGAGAAGAUUUACAUUUUGGGGUAUUUUAGGAGAGAAAAAACUGUGGCGUUCGCCUUCGUUUGCGUUUAAUCCAACGAAGAUGAAAAAGUGAAUAGCUGAUAAAAAAAGGUAUUAGAAUGUUUUUACUGUGAGUGACAACCUCAUGUUUGAUACUAUAAGCAUAUACGCUUUGUAUUUUAACAUCGCAAUCGGCAAAUUCUACCACUAAAGCGAAUAUGCUGAAACGAAUGUAUAAAUUGUAUCAUAAGAAUUAGAAAAAAGAAUUAUAGUAGAAUCAUCAUUUGAUAUAAAUUAAUUUAAUCGAAAAUUACUGUAACUGUAUUGUACUUGCCAAAUAACAAUUCUUUUUUUAUUUACAUUCUACUUUAUGUAAAAUAACAUUGCUCGCUGAAAAUCUGUAUAAAAAAGUAUAGAAUACAAAUCUAUUUGAGGUUUUUGCACGAAUAAUUUACUGUUAAUGUGAAUACAAAAUGAGAUUUCAUGAUGUUGCAAAUAAAAGGUAUUACAAAUAUGUGAAAAAAAAAA